AUGGCUGAAGACCGGAUUCGCAAUCAACACAUUAGUGGGGUCUCCACUCAGAACGGCUCGCAAGCCUUCGUAGGUUCGGCGCAAAAUGUGUAUUUUGCUGACCACAAAUCUUCCCAAGAAUUGUUGGAGAAAGCUGCUGUUCAGUGUCGCGACGCUCUCUUUGUAACUGAUCCCUAUGUCGACCGCGAGAGUUUGAUCACUGCCAAAGGUGCUAGAGUCCCAGGCACAUGCGAGUGGAUUAGAAAUGAUGUGAACUACCGUGUCUGGCUGAACGGCGGUGGUCCGGGUGGUUGCGAUAGCACCAGCGAGAGACGCCUGUUGUGGAUCUCAGGUGGGCCCGGCAAGGGCAAGACUAUGCUCUCUAUCUUCCUUACUGAGGAGCUGAGGAAGCAUGCAGCACAACAAGAAAACACUGAUCUCAUAUUCUUUUUCUGCAGUGCGCAGAACGAAAAACAUAGCACAGCUUUGGCUGUCCUACGUGGGUUACUGCAUCAAAUUCUUACCAAGCGCCCGCAGUUAUCUAAGCAUGCGCUGCGCCAUUUUGAGCCGCCCGAACGGAAACAACAAACCUUAGCAUCUCUGGAAGCACUAUGGAUCAUUUUUGUCGAAGUAAUCACAGAUGUUGAGUUUGGAACGAUGUUCUGCGUACUCGACGGGUUCGACGAGUGCGAGGAGAGCACACGGAAAGUACUACUAUCGCGACUUGUUACCCUGCUGAAUGGACAUAACUACUCGAACCAAAACGCAUUCAAACUCGCGAUCAUCAGUCGGGAUAUGCAUGGUCUCAAAGGCUGCCUGAGGGUGAGGCUAGACCCCGACAACGACGAAAGAGUGAGCAGCGAUAUCGAACUGUUUAUAUCUGCACGGAUGAAUGAUCUUUCAGAGAUUGAAGGCUUCAACGAAAAAAUGCAUGAAGAUGUGCAGAAAGAGCUAUUAGAUCGCGCCGAGGGUACCUUUCUCUGGGGGCUUACCUGCAAUCUACGGUCAUAUGCUGCUUCGGAUACCAGAGGAACAAAGAGAAAUAAGUCGUAA